CAAACCAUUGAAAUAAUUUAAAAAAUUGAUAUUCCAAUAUUCAUAAUAGUAAUCUUUCCGAAAGAAUAAUUUUGCUGUUCGGUUUGGAUUUCAAAAAAUUUAAAAUUUAAAAUGGUAAAUCUAAUAUACAAAAAAGAAAAUGCACACGAAAAUGGAAUAUGGGAUACAGCAUGGGGAAAAAAUGAUAGCUCUGAUGCAGAUUAUAUUGCAACUGCAUCAUUAGAUGAAACAGUAAAAGUUUGGACAUGGAAGAAUGAUGAUUUAAAUUUAAAACAUAUACUGAAAGGACACUCAUUGGCUGUACAUUCUGUUGACAUAGAUGCAACAGGAGUUGUAUUAGCCUCAACUUCAUUGGAUGGUAUAAUUAAACUUUGGGAUUUGGAGACAGGAGAAGAGUUGAAAAUAUUAGAACCAGGACCAAUGGAAUGUUGGACAAUUAAAAUAUCUCCCGAUUCCAGACUUCUAGCCACAGGAAAUAAUAAUGGAACAGUUCAUUUAUAUCAUGUUGAAAGUGGAGUCAAAGAAAAUACCCUUGAUACCAAAGGAAAAUUUAUUCUUAGCUUAGUCUUUAGUCCUGAUGGGAGAUAUCUGGUCACUGGAUCUAAUGAUGGGAUAAUCAAUUUUUUUGACAUGAAUACUGGAAAAUUGUUUCAUACCAUUGAAGGUCAUGCUAAACCUAUCAGAACCUUAGCCUUUUCGCCUGAUUCCCAAUUGCUGAUCAGUGGGUCGGAUGAUGGAAAUAUAAAAAUAUUUGAAAUGCCAAACGCCCAUUUGGUAGAGAGGCUAUCUGGUCACAGUUCCUGGAUUCUUUCGCUCGCAUUCUCAUCCGACAAUAAUUCCUUCAUCUCCAGUUCUUCAGAUAAAACCAUAAAAUUUUGGGAUGUUGCCGGCAAAAGAUGCGUUCAUUCCAUUUGCGAGCAUACAGAUCAAGUUUGGUCCGCUAAAUUUAAUUCUAUGGGCAAUCGGGCCGUAUCAGUUUCGGAUGACAGAAGCAUAAAUAUCUACGAAUGUUCCCUAGAUAGAUCUAACAGAAUGGGAAAGAAAAAAUGAGGAGAAAAGAUUACCAAAAAAACGAAUUAUAAUAUAUAAGCAAUUUUUAUUUUCUCUGUAAAAUAUAUUCGUUCAUUAUCAUUACAAUUUAUU